GAGAAACAGGCUGUAAAACAUUUUUUUACUAUUAACUUGUUACAAUUAAGAUGGGCAACCACGGAAGCAGAGACGUACCUGACGGAACUGCUGGCAGCUCGGAAACGAAGCUCAGAGGGCGCUACACAAGUCACAUGUCUGGAUUCAUGGAAAGUGGGGGUUCCAAGUAUCAAUGUGACCUAAACGUCAUAAUUGAGACAGACGACGUCAUCCAUAUGAUAGAAAGGUGUGAUCGUCAAGAAGCCCGGAUCAAUGGAGAGAUCAACUGUUCCCUGUUAUCAAAGGACCCUGUUCUGUUUUCUGCUGGCAGGUUCUUCGUUCUUAGCUCUGGCGAAACUAACUUGCAUUUCAAAAGCAUGGUCUACCAGGCCCUAUUGCCCUUAGGAGAAAAUGGUUGCUUCUUUGAAGGGAAGAGACUAGCCAGCGAUAUUUCGUUCAAUGGGAAUAACGCUGCUGACGAUUCGUCACUGAACAUUGUAAUCAAGAAUGGGCCCAAUCAUACUGAUGAGACUUUCACUACCGGACAAGUUUCUGCAAAAUUGGUGGAUAUUGCCAAAGAGCUCACGGACAUUGAAAUCACAGGUAGCGAGGAUGACGAGAAAUUGAAAAUGGAGUGGAAGGCGAAAUUUGGAUUCUUUCUCGGGGGCGUUCUCCUCACGAUCAGCGAUAUCUUCUCCCCCACUGAAUUCUGUCCAAAGACUUCUGCCCGGGAGAGACGCCAUCUGGACACGAAAGGCAUAAAGCCUACGGUGUAUAACCUGACGGCCACAGACGGCGUACCUCUGCUAAUGACUCGCUACAAGUGCGGCAAUAAAGGGCCGAUCUUGCUCCUUCACGGACUCUGUGUUACAAGUAGAAUAUUUUCUCUAGAUACCAUAGACAAGAACUUCGUAGAGUUCUUGUGUGAGCAUGGAUACGAUAUAUGGUUGUUAGAGCUUAGAUUAUCAGUUGCCCUUCCUUCACACCAGAAAUCUUCUCGAAUGCACGACCCUGCGGGGAAAGAUCUCCCACCUGCUAUCGACCUGAUAAUAAAAGAAUCCAAUUCACCGGAUAUCCAAGUCCUUGGUCACUGUAUUGGGUCUAUAACGACGCACGUGGCUCUGCUUGGAGGCCAUAUUGACCGAAGAAAGAUCCGAUGUUUCAUUGCUUCUCAAGUCGGAUUCAGCAUGAUAUCAUCAGCCAUGAAUCAAGCCAAAGCCAAAACUAGGCUUGACAAUAUUGCCGUUGCAUUCGGCUACAAAGGACUCACCGCGUACACAGACAAGAACGACCAUGCGCGGGAGAAGUUCAUGUCUGCAGUGUCCAAUGCACUCGCACGAACAACACUCAACAAAGAGAACCAGUGCGGCAGUGUCGUGUGCCAUAGAAUUACAGCAAUGUUUGGACUUAUGUGGGAACAUCCCAACAUGAAUGAAGAAACGCACCACACAUUGUCUGAGUGGUUCGGAUUCGGACACGCCGACUAUUAUCACCACCUCUCGGUUGCCUUCCGAAAGGGCCGAUUGGUCGAUCCGGAGGGGAAGGAUGUUUACCUUCCGGAUUUCAACUCGAAAAACCGGCUCGAAUCACCACUGUAUCGAAAGGCCAUGAAGAAAAUGGACAUUCCAAUCUUAUAUUUCGUCGGAUCAUUGAACAAAGCUUGGGAGAUCGAUGCAUCGAGAGAUAGCUAUCAGAGAGUCAAGGAUGCAAACCCUGAUCAGUAUUACGAAUGGUUCGAGGCUCCUACCUAUGGACACCUAGACUGCAUCAUUGGGAAGAAUGCCGCAGAGGAUGUGUUUCCCCGUCUUUUGACCUUUCUUGACAAGUACGCAUUGCCUGAAAUGGUAUGGGAAGGAAAUGAUCAUGGCACUUGCUGCUACAAGUCAAUUUAGGAAAAAAAGUGAAACAUUUUUUUGGUCUCCCUUUCCUCAAC